AUGGCACCAUAUAUUGAAGAAGAGAGGGAAGGCAGCAAUACCAACGUGAGCGAUGGCGUUCCAUACAUUGAUAACCCAGAGCUUGAUGGCAACGGUACGGAACCUAUUGCCAUCAUUGGUUUCUCUUUCAAAUUCCCAGACGAUGGCGACACUCCAGAGGGUUUCUGGAAUAUGCUGCUAGAACAAAGAUAUGCAGCACGGGAGUUCCCGGCCGAUCGAGUUAAUGUGAAUGGCCAUUACCGCAAAGAAAACAGGCACAACACGAUACCGAUGCGGGGCGGAAAUUUCCUCAAAGAUAGCAUCGCAGCCUUCGAUGCAGAUUUUUUCAACAUUUCCCCGGCAGAAGCAAACGCACUGGAUCCUAUGCAACAAAGACUACUCGAAGUUUCUUACCAUGCUUUCGAAAAUGCAGGAAUUCCUGCUGAAAGUGUCGCAUACUCAGAAACCUCCGUCUAUACUGGAUGUUUCACGCACGACUACUUGCUGCAGACGAUCAAAGACACUGAUGAUCUACCCACAUACGGGGCUUAUGGCAUGGGUGCAGCAAUGCUAGCGAACAGGAUUUCACAUUUCUACAAUCUAAUGGGACCUAGUAUCGCCGUCGAUUCGGCCUGCUCGAGCAGUGCUAUGGCGCUAGAUUUUGCCGUGCAGUCUUUGAGAACCCGAUCAUCCUCUAUGAGCUUAGUAGCAGGCUCCAACCUUCUUUUUGGGCCUGAGACGUUUGCAAUGCUUUCCAACCUCAACAUGCUCUCAAAGGACAGCCGGUCUUAUUCCUUCGAUUCUCGCGCCAAUGGUUACUCCCGCGGUGAAGGUAUUGCGGUGAUGCUUGUGAAGCGAUUAGACGACGCGAUACGCGAUGGCAAUACAAUACGUGCUGUCAUACGGGCGACCGGUGCCAAUGAGGAUGGGAAAACACCAGGAAUAACUCAACCAAGUCAAGACGCGCAACAGCUCUUGAUAAAGCAGACCUACGAAAAGGCAGGACUUUCAAGAAGUUUGACUCGAUACUGCGAAGCUCAUGGAACUGGAACUCCACUCGGAGAUCCUUUAGAGUCGGGCGCGAUUGGAAACUGUUUCCGCGAUUACAGGAGUGAUACAGAGCCGAUGUAUAUUGGCUCAGUCAAGUCCAACAUCGGCCACACAGAAGGUGCAAGCGGCUUGGCCGGAGUCAUAAAGGCUGUUUUUGCUCUUGAGAACGGAAUUAUCCCCCCAAAUGCCGAUUUUAGGGAGAUUAAUCCUCGGAUCGACACCGACUAUCUACGUAUCAAAAUACCUACCGAACCUACGCCUUGGCCAACAGAAGGUCUCCGAAGGGCAUCGGUAAACAGCUUUGGGUAUGGCGGAGCCAAUUGUCAUAUUGUGCUCGAUGACGCCUAUAACUUUCUACGAUUAAGAGGCAUAGUCGGAAAGCACAAAACCGCUAUAUGUCCACCAGGGGCUGAGUCACCAAUAAAUGACUUGAGCGAGGAGGAUGUUUCGAUUGUGGAGAAUCCACCGAAGCUCAUUGUAAUUUCAGCAAGCGAUGCAGGAGGUGCCCAGCGUCUUACGAACUCAUAUGGUCCUUACCUCAUGAAAAAGUUCUUCGAUGGCACUGCGGACACCGAAUUCUUCAACUCCUUGGUAUAUACACUGGAUAGCCACCGAAGUCGAUUGUCUUACCGAACUAGCAUCAUUGCUCAAUCAAUCGAAGAUCUCAUGGAAAUUGGAUCUGAGUUGCCUCCAUCCAGAAGGGCUCGAUCAACGUCCCUCCAACUAGGGUUUGUGUUCACUGGACAAGGCGCUCAGUGGCACGCCAUGGGAAGGGAGCUUCUAGCAUAUCCCAUCUACAGGAAGUCAAUCGAAGAGGCUAGCGCUCACCUUAAUGCCAUGGGAUGUCCAUGGUCUGCAAUGGAUGAGUUAAGACGAAGCAAAGAGGAAUCCAAGAUCGAUGACCCGGAAUACAGCCAAACACUAUGUACAGUGGUUCAGGUCGCUCUCGUGGAUCUAUUGAACACGGUAAACAUCAAGCCUUCCGCCGUUGUUGGUCACUCUUCGGGGGAGAUUGGCGCCGCUUACGCUGGGCGAUACAUUUCCAAGCAAAAUGCGUGGAAGAUUGCAUAUCAGCGAGGUGUGGUAGCUGCCAAGCUGACUCGAUCCACUGAACACGGGUCAGGCGCUAUGAUGGCGGUCGGCCUUUCCAACGAAGAUGUACAGCCGCAUCUCAAUGGGGUUCUUGAAAAGUGCAAAGCUGAAAUUGGCUUGAGAGUUGCUUGUGUGAACAGUCCUACGAGCACCACUAUUGCUGGCGACGAACACCUGAUCGAUGCUCUUCUUUCCCAUCUCAAUGAUCAAGACACUGGGAUUUUUGCCCGCAAGCUGAGGGUACAAGUUGCCUACCACUCCCCACAAAUGCAAGCGGUUUCGAACGAGUAUCUCGAAAGCUUGGGGUCCCUCUUGAAGAAUGCCCCGACAGCCGAUACCGUCCCAAUGAUCUCAAGUGUGACCGGCAAACUCGUCGAAGAGAAGGAGGUGUGCAACGCCGAAUAUUGGGUUGCGAACAUGGUCUCUCCAGUACUUUUUAGCCCUGCAGUCAUGGAAAUGUGUAGCAGUAAAGGGUUCGUUGACUUUUUGGUCGAACUAGGCCCACACUCUGCUUUGGAAGGCCCACUUCGAGAAAUCCUAAAGAGCAAGGGCAUGAAACCAGACGUCGGAUACAACUCCAUUCUCAAGCGGAAUAAGCCCGCUGACAUGACCCUUCUACACGCCGUAGGAAAUCUCUGGUGCGAUAAUUAUGAUGUCGAUAUCCGCCGGAUCAAUGAGCUUGAAGCAGAGCAACCAGUGUCACGCGAUAUGCUGAUAGAUCUACCCGCCUAUGAGUUUGAUCAUUCGCACAAAUACUGGCACGAAAGUCGUCUUAGCAAGACGUACCGACUUCGAAACCAUCUUCCACACGAUUAUCUCGGCACUCGUUGUGUAGACUGGAGCCCACUCGAUGCACGCUGGCGGCUACUGCUUCGCGUGAGAGACCUUCCCUGGAUCGCGGAUCAUAUCGUCGACAAUCGCAAAAUUUAUCCAGGAACAGGCAUGCUGGUCAUGGCUAUAGAAGCUGCAAAGGAGCUCGCCGAUCGUCAGCGCAAAGUUCUGGGCUUUGCGAUACGCGACGUCGAUUUAUCGAGCGCUAUGGAACUUGAAGGCGCAACCGAAGUCCUGGAAGUCAUUACAAGUUUGAAACCCCGGGAUCGUGCCGGCCGAGAUGCGUCUGUGUAUGACUUCGACAUCAUCUCGAACACGAACCCUGAUUGGGUGAGAAACGUCAAAGGCUCAAUUGAGAUAGAGUACGAAGAAGAAGAAAAAUGGAAUGCCAUUCAGAGAAACAGAUUCGUGGAAGCUCUCACAUUACGACAUCAAAAAGAUAGGGAAGAAUGUACGGAGGCUGUCGACGAAGCACACAUGUACAAGAAGCUCAAAGAGUGGGGUCUCGAUUAUGGUCCGUCCUUCCAAAGGGCAAGAGAGCAGUUUGUGAGCAAGGAUGCGGCUGUCGCAGAUAUUCUGACCCUGAAGGACGAGCAAUACGAGCCGCAACCUCACAUUGUGCACCCCGCUACUCUGGAUGCCAUCGGUCAUUUGUGUUUCACUGCGUACAGUGCUGGCGGGACGAAAGCAAUAGCAACAGCCAUGCCAUCGACUAUCGAGUAUGCAUGGAUCUCUGCUCAUGGACUCUCCGCGCCUAAUGCAAAGUCAGUGCAUACAUGUUCUAAAAUCGUCAAACAUACACCACGUGGGUUUCAGGCAGAAGUUACUGGCGUCUCUCCGAGCGACGCAAACGAGCUAUGUGUAUACAUGAAGGGCUGUACAAUGGCGUUUAUCUCCGAAGUUCGAAAAGACGCCAGCCAAGUCGAGCUACCUAAUUCAGCGCAGCAAUGGUUCAACAUAUUGCGCAAGGUUGACUUGUCCAUGCUUAGCUGGGCAGAGAUUGAACAGUACUUGCUUCAACACUGUGGUGAAUCAGCAAAACCGCUUGAUCUUGCUUGCAAAUAUAUUGAGCUCGCGGCACAUCAAAAUCCAGGGUUACACGUCCUUCAAGUUGGUGCAAACACUGAGGAUCAGACACAACACAUAUUCGACUCUGCUUUAGAUCAAGAGGGGUCUGGUGUUUUGUCUUGUGCAAGCUAUGACUUUUUGGAAGGGAACGAACAGACCCUCACAAAUAUUAAAGCUUCGUUCGCCAGGUAUGGGAACAAGCUAAGCUUUUACAAUUCGUCUUCGGCGGAGAAGUCGAAGCAGUAUGAAAUUGUAGUUGCUCUUGACAUCGGCCAGGCCCAGGAAGAGAUCGAUGCAGUCAAAAAUAGCCUAAAGUUUGAUGGAAAACUUGUCGUAAGAAGCUCCGUUCAGGAAACCAAUGUGCUUUCCGGAUUGCUUUCCCAGCAUGGAUUCUCAGGCCCAACCCUCACAUUCAAGUCUCAUGUCGAUAUUGAAAAUGACAUCAUGAUUUACACGUUAGCCGCGCAGCAUUGCUUCGCCCCGAGGGACAGUCAGCGGCGAGUAGUUUUUGUGGGGGAUUUCACGAAUGAGAACCAUACGUCUUUGGUGAACGAGGUUUCAAGUCAGCUUGUGGAAAAUAAGCAAUACGAAAUUAUCCGAAAGAGUUUCGUGGAAGCAUCCAAAGACACAGAAAUCAAGGAUAGCUUCAUGAUUCUGCUUUCAGAUCCUGGGCACUUAUGCAUGGAGUCAAUGACCGAAGACUCAUUCUCAGCAUUACAGAAUAUCGUAUCAGCCAGCACAAAAUUGCUUUGGAUUUCCGACAAGGGUGCCGAGAAACUCAUCGGCGGUUCUCCUGUCUCCACGAUUAUGGAAGGUGCCGCGCGAACACUUCGCAUGGAGAACAGUAGCUUGCACAUGGUGCUCUUGACAUUGGAGUCGUUUGGAGAGAAAAGUGCGCGCCAUGUCCUGCCUGUGUUGGAAAGCAUGGCAUCUCGCCCAACUGGAUCCAACUACGAGCAGGACUACUUUGAAAUUGACGGGAGACUAUACACUGACCGCCUCAUCAAUUCCAAUCACCUGAAAGAGGCUGCUAAUGCAAGACUUGAGUCACAAUACACCGAAACAGUGAAGGUUGCCGACCACGACUUCAAGUUGGAGAUUUCGCAAUUUGCAAAGCUUGAUACUCUACAUUAUGUCGAGAACUCUGCUGAAAAACAACAGCUGCAGAAAGACGAAGUUGAUGUUCGGGUCAGCGCGAUUGCCAUCGACUCGCGAGAUUAUAAGAAGGCAAUGGGCAAGGGCAAAAACAAACAUCCCCGCUACAGCAAUAUGUGUGCAGGUGUAGUUACCGACACUAAUCACAACGGACGUUUCAAUGUUGGCGAUCGGGUUCUCGUCAUGGGAAAAAAUUGCUUCAAAUCACAAGUGCGAACGCUCGACUCGCAUAUAUUCAGGUUGCCCAACACGAUCGACCCCACGCAAGCAUGCGAAAGGAUACCCGCACUGAUGGCCAUGCAUUACGCGCUCACUGAACUUGGACGCUGGCGUCAAGGUGAUUCAGUGCUCCUAUAUUCUUGCACAGGAAUUCUGGGAGAGGCUGCUAUUCAGGUCUGCCAACAAAUAGGAGCAAAAGUAUGUGCUACAGUUCACAGCGGUGAACAAAGCAACAAGCUUUACGAAAAAUACCAGGUUCCUAAAACUUCAAUCUAUUCACAUCAAACUUUUGGUAUUGGGUACCGUCCAGGGUUCGGAGGAGCUGAUGUUAUUAUCUGCCUAGACUCACCUGAAGACCACCUGGACUGGAAGUUCGCGAACAAAUUUGCCCGCGUUGUCCAAGUACCGUCUGUCUCUGCUCUAUCUUCCGGACCUCCAGCACUACAACUUCCCGCCAACAUCACAUUUAGCUUCCUAAAUUUCCGACAAGUUGUAACAGAACGACCGCAUUUAUUGCGCAACUCCUUCAGUUCUGCUAUCGAGUUUAUUUCAAACUAUCCCGACAGAAACCCAGUUGCCAAAUUCUCAGUUUCUCGUGUUGUCGAGGCCUUCCAGCAUGUUAGCGACGGAAAGAACCACGCAGUGAUCAACCUCAAACCGGGAGAUGAAAUCACAUUAACGAGAAACACGAAGAGUAAGCUCCAUCUCGAUCCCAAUGCCACCUAUGUGAUAUCUGGAGGGACCGGAGGCAUCGGCCGAAGCAUGACCCGAUGGUGUGCUGAAAGAGGAGCCCGCAAUCUGAUCCUUCUUUCACGAUCUGGCGCGAAGUCGGAAGUAGCUCAAGAACUCGUCUCAUCAUUAACAGCUCAAGGUGUCAAUGUGGAAGCUCCAGCUUGUGAUACAGCUAAUGAAGGAACUUUACGUGCGGUGCUUGACGACUGUCUACUUCGCAUGCCACCUAUCAAAGGGUGCAUGCAAGCCAGUGGAGCAUACAAGGAUCUCACAUUUGACCGGUAUGAUCUAGAAGGCUGGAACACCGCCAUCAAAUCCAAAGCGACCUCGUCUUGGAAUUUACACAAGCUUCUUCCCGCCGGAAUGGAUUUCUUCAUCAUGCUCUCGUCAGUCAGUCCAAUUCUUGGAGCUAUAUCGAUGUCCAGUUAUGCAGGCGCCAAUUCCUACCAAGACGGACUUGCACGCUAUCGCAUUGAGAUGGGAGAGAAAGCCACUGCGUUUAACCCCGGUAUCCUGCACGAUAUAGGAUUUGUCACUGAGUUCACCGAUGCGCAGCGAGAUCGAUUGGAUCGUGUGGGCUACUUCAUACCUACUUGGGAGGCAGAAAUCAAUGCUUUGUUGGAUAUUUUCUGCAAUCCAGAAAGCCCAAUGACGAGUGUUUCUCAGCAGCGCCCCAUCGUCGGCAUGAACACAGUCGCGCAGAUGGAAGCAAACGGCUCCGAAGUUCCGUUCGAAUUCAGGCAGCCGCUCUGGCAGCAUACGCUAUAUACACCUGCCAUCAACACAGAUGAAUCAUCAGCGAACAAUCAAACUGAUGAUGUAAAGACUGGAAUCGUAAAUGCGGAGUCACUGGACCAAGCAGCGGUGAUUGCGACUAGCGCGCUGCGGAAGCACUUGGCUGUAUUACUGUCGACACAGGAGGAAAGAGUUCAGGACGGAACGACUGUUGACUCUUUGAUUGCGAUCGAGCUUCGGAACUGGAUAGGCAAGACUUUUAGCGCUGACGUACCUGUUUUUGAGAUUGUCAGUGCUUCCACAUGGGGCGCGCUCGGGACCUCGAUUGCGGAGCAAGUGAGAGAAACAUCAUAG